AUGUGUAGUCUACUCUUAGUUACAGUGAAGAAAUCUACUCUUAGUUACACUGAAGAAAAUGACCUUACAUUGGAGGAAGAAGCUGAGAGGAAGAUAGGAUGGAUGCUGAAACUUUUCUUUGCUGGGACAGCAACCUAUGUUGGAUACCAGUUCUUCCCUUAUAUGGGUGAUACUUUAAUUCAGCAAUCAGUCUCGCUUCUACAUGUGAAGGAUCCCUUGUUUAAGAGAAUAGGAGCUUCUAGGCUUUCCCGUUUCGCCAUUGAUGAUGAGAGGAGGAUGAAAGUUGUGGAGUUGGGUGGGGCUCAAGAGCUUCUACAUAUGUUGGGCGCUGCUAAAGAUGACAAGACAAGGAAAGAAGCUCUAAAGGCUCUUGCUGCUCUCUCUAAAUCAGAUGAAGCUGCCAACUUCUUGGGAUCUAAAGGAGCACUCUCUAUCGUCAAAUCAACUCCUGAUUCAGCAGAAGAUUCAGAUAUUUCAACUUACAAGUCAAACAUACUCAAGAAGCUAGAUGAUAAAGACCUCGCCGUUACUUCCAACUAAGUUAGUCUUUUCAGAAAAAGGAUAGGUCAAGAAUCAUAAGUGUAGGUGUAUCUUUAUAAUCCUAAGCUUAUUCUUACCUCCUUUCCAGUAUAGAACUCUUGAAUUUUUGUUCCAAUUGAGUUAUUCUUAAUGCUGAAUACUGUUUGAUUCCAGUGUUCUUUGUUCAUUUGAAUAAUGGUCUAAGAAAACAAGCAAGACCAUGAAUAGAUUUUCCAGAAUGUGUAACUUUUUUGGUUAUCAAC